AUGGUUGUUCCUGGAGGGACAAAGGAAACACUUGCUGACAUUCCGCACCAUGUGUGGAAGAGCUUGCCCGACAGCAUGAGACUAAGCCCCUCUGCUGUUGAUCAAAGUCGCAUUGGUGAGUUGAAAAUUAGCUGCUUUGGGUUUGUUCUAACUUCACAUUUUGGGUUUGUUCUAACUUUCAGUUUUAUAGAUAAGUGAUCAAUGAUCAUUUGUUAGUUGUAAAAUUCAACUAGCAGCAGUACAUCUUACGAUAAGCAGUGAGUGGCUGUGUGGUUUCUGACUCUGUGGUGUUCGCUGGUGUGGUCUAGGGCCCUGUGUUUUGGUUGAUAAUGUCACAUGACCUGGAUUUUAACCUUUAUUUGAACCUUUUUCCAGAAAUGAUAAUUACACCAAAAAUGAAAGCAGUUGUCUGAGGAUGGUGCUAAACCAUCUGACAUAAAAAGAAAAAGGGGAAAGUUUGAUGAAAAAGCUUUAAAUAAAGGUUAAAAUCCAGGUCAUGUUAAAUGAUCAACCUAAACACAGGGCCCUAGGGGCUGGUGGAGCUCCUGAUACUGAUGACCAUACAGUAACGACAAGUGAUCACAAGGGAGAGGAUGAACUAGAUCUGGCAGUGGAAGCAGAGUACAUUAUGAAGGCUUUCAACUCAAGAAAAAUAAGCAUCUCCAGCCUGUCCUGGCUUGCCUCACAGAAUCGGCACACCUUAACAAAUGUUUUGAAGCCGAAAACUUCUCUAUAUUGCAUGGUGAAUUUUGGAAUUUCAUUCCACUCUUUUCCCCAGGUGUCUGGGCCUCUUGGUUCAUCCCUAAAGGCAAGAGGUUAGGCCCGUUUGUAUGAGAGAAGAAAAAGAGGUCCCAGGUGUCCAGCAAUGUUUACAUGUGGGAGGUGAGCAGCAGAGGAUAGAGUGAUAGCCUCAGAUCUACCUUAACACACAUUUAGGUUGUACACAUUACAGGCACAGCACACCCUCCCUAUUAUAUAUAUACACUGUUGUCCAUUUUCAUACAUACAUUUUUAAGAUUAUCGGCUAGAUAACCAAACUGUCCUCUGUAGGUGUAUUUUCCCGCCAGGGGCUGGAUGUGUGUGGAUGCCACAGACCCCAUGAAGGGGAACUGGCUACGGUAUGUAAACUGGGCAAACUCCACUCAAGAACAGAACCUUUUCCCCAUGGAGAUAAACCGAGCCAUUUACUACAAAGUGUUACAGGUAAGUUAGACAUUUAGUCUCACUGGUAAAAUGUUAUUCUUAUUCAGUUGAUCACUAAAGCAGAGUGAUGGGAUGGUUUGCUAUUUAGGCAUGUGAAUUAGAGCGGGGCAAUAUGGACAAAAAUCCCUAUCUCGGUAAAUUGCUUGAAUUGAUGCGAUAACAAUAAAUAGACAUUAAUGUGCACCAUAGUUUAAGAAAAUUAUCCUUUAAACUACUACUACUAGUUUGAUGGUUGUAGCCAUCAAUUGUCCCAUUAACUAUCACCCAUAUAAGCAAAAUUAUUAAAUUUCAAACUUAACAUUUCUCUAGUAUAGGCUACGUAUUGUAAUGAACGAUAUCAGCAAAAUGCCUGCGAUGAGUGAUCUGUAUGGUCAGUGUCGAUCAUUUUCGGUUUAUCGUCCCAGCUCUAAUGUGAGUAUAGCGUAUUGGCUAUUUAGAUCAAGUUUGUUUGGGGGUUAUUCUUAUUAAAGGGGCAAUCAGCAGUUGCUACAUCCAUUUUUUGACUAAUAAAUUAAUAAUAUGUACCCAUUGAUUCUUGAAGAAUAUAACUUCUAAAUGCCUCAUGAGCUUUUAGUUUAGCUGUCGUAACCCAUCAGAACCGAAAAUAUAAGCUUGUUGUGAUCCAAAUACUAUAUAGCCUCAAUCAUGGUUAAAACUAUCAUUUGAUGUCAUGGAUGGUUAGUCCUUGCAUCCAUAGCUCUGUCUAUGAAUUUGAGAGUGGUUACAUUUGUCCAGCCCCAACCCUCAGCUUUUUACUGAAACAGGGGCGGGGACGGGGAAAAGCUUUGUUAGUGUUUCAUCUGCUGAUUGCUGCUUUAAAGCCAAAUGAGAGAAUUACAACCUUUUGGUCUUUACCAUUUUAAGUGGCUCUUUCUAUAAUUCAUGAACAUUUUACAUUUUUAUGUUGUCUCUGGUAUACCUGGGUAGGCUAAUAAAUAAUUAACAUAAAAGGAAUUACAUUUUAAAGUACAGUUUGCCACCCAACUACCUUAGCUACCAAAAUGUCAAGACCUAACAUUCCUGUUGUUGGACUCUGACUUGACAGACACAACAGGGGCCAAAAUAUUUCGUCCUGUCUUUCAACAAACUUGUCACUGAUUGGUUCCCACUCUCAUCUUUCCUUGUAACAGCCAAUUGGGCCAGGGGAUGAGCUGCUAGUGUGGUACAAUGGGGAAGACAACCCUGAGAUAACAGCUGCAUUAGAGGAAGAAAGAGGCAGCAGUCUGAGCAAGAAAAAUUCACCCAGGGCAAAGCGAGGUAAGGCGUACACCCCUAAAAUACAAAAAUCCUGUCUUAGAUUUUGCAGGACAUUAUUUACCAAACUAUUCGACACGAUAGUUCGCAGUGGGUAGCAGCAGUCGAAGAAAAUUGUAUUUACGCCCAUUCAAAGUUUAAUUCUUGAUAGCAUGCUAACUAGCUAGCUUAGCUAACUGUAGCGAGGUGUUGGUGCAGUCAAUUUUCCUUCCAAACUUUCAAUCUCAAAAGGUUCGCUACUUUUAUGUUACUGUUACUUCGUAUAAAAUAGUGUGAUUGCAGCUAAAUUGGUAGCUAUUAUGUAACAACACAGACAGUACGCCACUGUCAACAUUAGCUAGUCAGCUAAAUAAGUUAGCUAGCUAACUCAGUGCAAUGGCUGGCUCGUCAUGUCGUUUUAUAUGACGCGACCUUUCCAGAUUUACAACUCAGUUGCGAGCCACGUUAUCUGAUCCGUUGAUUACAUUAGCUACUUACCUACAUUUAAAAGGUAUCCAGCUAGUUAGUUCUGUUACAAUGCUUGCAGGUUAUGGAUUUCAUAGUCUGAUCUGUUUGUUUCGAUCGGAGCUGUCAAUCCAGUUCAGGUAGCUAGCAGGCUAGGUCAAGCCCGGACGUGCCAGACAACCCGUGCAGGGAAGAUGGCAAGCGCUGGCUUUGUGUUCAGCAAAUGGCUAACUGAUCAAAACAGGUGCCGUUGUGAUAAAGGGAAAAAGUAACUAUGGUUGAUAACUUAAGGUAUGUGUCAUAGAUGUGUUGUAAACCCUUAACGUUAGCUACAUCUAGUCAGCUACCCACUGCUAGCUAGCUAGCUGGAUAAAUUAUCAAUUCUGUUGGUGCCAUCGCUAGGAAUAUAUGCCUGCCCUGAAAAUAAACACCCUUUGUUUUAGUUUUUUCGAUGUAACCAAGACUACUUAGCUGAACGUUUAUCUAUUUUGUUCAUUUCCCUAGGUAAGUGUGAGCUCUAUUUUCAUUUGGCCUGUGGAGGGUAGCUAGCUGCACUAGCUAAUCAGCUAAAACCAAUGCAAAGUUGAGGUAGUGCAGACUAGGCCCUGGAUGAAUGCAGUUGCACAAGCUCUGAAGUCCCACCCUUCCUUUCUCAACAAUACUACACCUUCAGAUUGAGUUGCAUUUUUCAUAAUUAUCUUUUGAUUUAGGCUAGCUGCUAGAAUGAAAUACAUAGAAUUUGAGAAUUAUUUCUCCAUGUAAUUGGCCUAGUGUUUAUCUUUCAAUAUGAAGGAAAGUGUAACUGUUGGUGGUAUAUCCACAGUAGCUACUGUAGGUCUAUAUGAUUUUUAAGUUUGUGGUGUAGGCCUAUGCAUGCAACCCUUGUCUUUUUUGAAUUUGCAGUAUGAUUUAUUGACUCAGUGAGUUGUUGUUAGAAGUCUCAACAUUCUGAAUUCUGUAAUAUUGAGAUUGAGUCUGCUUGUCAUUCAUCUGCAAUCCCUCUAUGAUAAAUUAUAUUAGCAUAUCUGUAUUUUACAGAAUGUAUUUGACCAUGCUGGUCAGAUGACUGAGCUGUAGCAUGUGUUUCUGUGGCAUGAAUCAGGGCUUUGUAGACCAGGCCAGAUUACCUUCUUGUCACAGCAACUCCAGUGAUGACUGGGUGCUAGCCCAGGCAGGCUGAGAUUAAAACUCAAAAUGGUCUCCUGCCUAUGGGCAUAAAUACCGCAAUGAUGAGCCAUUCCAUAAUUCUCUAAACAUUUUUGUUUUCAUUAUGUAUUUAUUCUUGAAAUAUUCAGAAUGAGGGCAUCAAGGCUGUUAAAAGUAAUUUAAUUUAAUUGUAUUGGAUGCUUAACUGACCUUUUAACCUGCGGCUGGUUGUAAAAAAAAAACAUUGUUAAUAUUCAAAGAAAAUUUUACAUAAGCACACGUGGUACUUGACCUACAUUUUUCAUAUCCUGUUCAGCAGUCAUAUCUUGCUUUGCUUUCUGUUAGCCACAUUUUAAUGUUAUGAGUUUGUAAUUCCAUGUAGUUUUAAGUACCAACCAAUACGCAGCACAGUUGUGAGUUGAGGUGUGAAAGUGAAUUAGUACACUUCCCCCGCUAGAUGUUCACUCAUCUGAAAAUAUCCUUUCUAAUAGUGGAUUUACUUACAUAGAAGUAGUCCAAUGUCAACAUUUGAAAGAACUAAAUUCCACAUCUUACCAGUAUUGCUUUUGUGUGAAAUGGUUUAUUUGAGUUUAGCUAAUGUUUGUUGGUUGGUGUGUGCUUUCCCCCAUAGCCAGAAGAAAGCUGUUGGAGAGAGCCAGACAGGCUGGUUUGGGUGCAUUCCGUGGGCCCAAGCAAACAGGCGUAACCAAACCUAUUGUCAGAGAGAUGUGGGACACAGAGGAAGGUUAGUAGUUGUCCCAUUAUUAUGGAUAUUUGUGUAAUUUGGGGAGUCAGUUCAGGUGUAACUAGGGCUAUGGUGGUUAUGACAUUUUGUCAGCCAAUUAUUGUCAUGCAAAAGACUGCCGGUCUUACGGUAAUUUACCGUUAAUUAACAUAAACAAGUUUAGCAUAUCCAGGCCUCCACGUGUUCAAGCAGCUGAUGUGCGCCUUUGGAACAUCUACAUUUAACAAGUUGAAUAAAUCAAUGUAAUAUACACCAUCAUAAUAAAUCCAUUAUUUAUUUUAGUCAGGACUAAAGAAACAUUAUGAUAUGAGGAAAAUGUAUUUUAUAAGAACAGAAAUGAGUUGGCCAACUGUUAUCUGGCUAUGCUCCAUGCCAUAGGCUGUAGGCUUGUUCAUUUAGCUGACAAGAUAUGCUUGUAAGUCCCAUGACAUUAUUUUAUAUUAUAUGAUUUUAUAGUAAGAAGAAUAUAAUUGAACUUACCUGAAUAAAAUGAAGCAGGUGUGCAUAUGAAGUGGCUAUGUUGAGCGUAAAAAGUGAUCAUUUAAAAAAGUUCCUAUAUGCUAGGUUUAGAGUUACUUGGCAACUUUAGUUGUGAAUGAUACAAACCUUAGAAUGCAUUAUAAAUCAAAACAUAUAUGGGCUGCAUGAUGCGACUAUAGGCUAUUGAUGAUUUGAGAAAUUCGCUAAAAAAGUUUGCUCUGUUCCUUGCAUCAGGCUGCAUAGCUGUUCUCUCAUCAAGUGAUCAUAUUUUCGCCCAUCAGACUAUUCUCAAUUUAAUCUUGUCUUUACUAAUAUGGCAAAUGUGUUUCUAUUUAGAAUGGUCCAUUAUCAAAUGGGCAGGGGCAGGAGAAAAAUUACAUGUCAUAUGUACAGUUGAAGUCGGAAGUUUACAUACACUUAGGUUGGAGUCAUUAAAACUCGUUUUUCAACCACUCCACAAAUGUCUUGUUAACAAACUAUAGUUUUGACAAGUCGGUUAGGAUAUCUACUUUGUGCAUGACACAAGUUAUUUUUCCAACAAUUGUUUACAGACAGAUUAUUUCACUUAUAAUUCACUGUAUCACAAUUCCAGUGGGUCAGACGUUUACAUACACUAAGUGGACUGUGCCUUUAAACAGCUUGGAAAAUUCCAGAAAAUUACGUCAUGGCUUUAGAAGCUUCUGAUAGACUAAUUGACAUCAUUUGAGUCAAUUGGAGAUGUACCUGUGGAUGUAUUUCAAGGCCUACCUUCAAACUCAGUGACUCUUUGCUUGACAUCGUAGGAAAAUCAAAAGAAAUCAGACCUCAGAAGAAAAAUUGUAGACCUCCACAAGUCUGGUUCAUCCUUGGGAGCAAUUUCCAAACGCCUGAAGGUACCACGUUCAUCUGUACAAACAAUAGUAUGCAAGUAUAAACACCAGGGGACCACGCAGUUGUCAUACCGCUCAGGAAGGAGAUGCGUUCUGUCUCCUAGAAAUGAAUGUACUUUGGUGCGGGAGGAAACAAGUACCAAAGUAUCUAUAUCCACAGUAAAAUGAGUCCUAUAUAUACCUGAAAGGCCGCUCAGCAAGGAAGUAGCCACUGCUCCAAAACCGCCAUAAAAAAGCCAAACUUACGUUUGCAACUGCACAUGGGGACAAUGAUUGUACUUUUUGGAGAAAUGUCCGAUGGUCUGAUGAAACAAAAAUAGAACUGUUUGGCCAUAAUGACCAUCGUUAUGUUUGGAGGAAAGGGGGGGGGGGGGGGGGGGGGGGUGCUUGCAAGCCGAAGAACAACAUCAUCCCAACUGUGAAGCACGGGGGUGGCAGAAUCAUGCUGUGGGGGUGUUUUGCUGCAGGAGGGACUGGUGCACUUCACAAAAUAAAUGGCAUCAUGAGGAAGGAAAAUGAUGUGGAUAUAUUGAAGCAACAUCUCAAGACAUCAGUCAGGAAGUUAAAGCUUGGUCGCAAAUGGGUCUUCCAAAUGGACAAUGACCCCAAGCAUACUUCCAAAGUUGUGGCAAAAUGGCUUAAGGACAACAAAGUCAAGGUAUUGGAGUGGCCAUCACAAAGCCCUGACCUCAAUCCUAUAGAAAAUGUGUGGGCAGAACUGAAAAAGCGUGUGCGAGCAAGGAGGCUUACAAACCUGACUCAGUUACACCAGCUCUGUCAGGAGGAACGGGACAAAAUUCACCCAACUUAUUGUGGGAAGCUUGUGGAAGGCUACCCGAAACGUUUGACCCAAGUUAAACAAUUUAAAGGCAAUACUACCAAAUACUAAAACUUCUGACCAACUGGGAAUGUGAAGACAUAAAUAAAAGCUGAAAUAAAUAUUAUUUUCUGACAUUUCACAUUCUUAAAAUAAAGUGGUGAUCCUAACUGACCUAAGACAGGGAAUUUUUACUAGGAUAAAAUGUCAUGAAUUGUGAAAAACUGAGUUUAAAUGUAUUUGGCUAAGGUGUAUGUAAACUUCCGACUUCAACUGUACUCUUAUAAUCUCCACCCGGCACAGCCAGAAGAGGACUGGCCACCCCUCAGAGCCUGGUUCCUCUCUAGGUUUCUUCCUAGGUUCCUGCCUUUCUAGGGAGUUUUUCCCUAUGCACUGGAACAGUGAAUGGUGGCCUCACGCUUUCCCGGUGGUCAGUUUUUUCAAUGAUGCCCGGAAGGCUCCUUCGGUUUUAUAGCGGAGCAUGUGCUUAGAAUGAGCAGCUGAGAAAUAAAUAUAAGAACACUUAUUUCACUCGCCACAACCACUGUUUGAGGAGCAUGCUCUCCCUACGCAACAGGUGAUAUUCCGCCCAAACUAUGGACAGUGGGGAGAACAAGUAUUUGAUACACUGCCAAUUUUGCAGGUUUUCCUACUUACAAAGCAUGUAGAGGUCUAUAAUUUUUUAUCAUAGGUACACUUCAAAUGUGAGAGACAGAAUCUAAAACAAAAAUCCAGAAAAUCACAUUGUAUGAUUUUUUAGUAAUUAAUUUGCAUUUUAUUGCAUGACAUAAGUAUUUGAUCACCUACCAACCAGUAAGAAUUCCGGCUCUCACAGACCUGUUAGUUUUUCUUUAAGAAGCCCUCCUGUUCUCCUGUUCUACCUGUAUUAACUGCACCUGUUUGAACUCGUUACCUGUAUAAAAGACACCUGUCCACAUACUCAAUCAAACAGACUCCAACCUCUCCACAAUGGCCAAGACCAGAGAGCUGUGUAAGGACAUCAGGGAUAAAAUUGUAGAUCUGCACAAGGCUGGGAUGGGCUACAGGACAAUAGGCAAGCAGCUUGGUGAGAAGGCAACAACUGUUGGCGCAAUUAUUAGAAAAUGGAAGAAGUUCAAGAUGACGGUCAAUCACCCUCGGUCUGGGGCUCCAUGCAAGAUCUCACCUCAUGGGGCAUCAAUGAUCAUGAGGAAGGUGAGGGAUCAGCCCAGAACUACACAGCAGGACCUGGUCAAUGACCUGAAGAGAGCUGGGACCACAAUCUCAAAGAAAACCAUUAGUAACACACUACACCGUCAUGGAUUAUAAUCCUGCAGCGCACGCAAGGUCCCCCUGCUCAAGCCAGCACAUGUCCAUGCCCGUCUGAAAUUUGCCAAUGACCAUCUGGAUGAUCCAGAGGAGGAAUGGGAGAAGGUCAUGUGGUCUGAUGAGACAAAAAUAUAGCUUUUUGGUCUAAACUCCACUCGCCGUGUUUGGAGGAAGAAGAAGGAUGAGUACAACCCCAAGAACACCAUCCCAACCGUGAAGCAUAGAGGUGGAAACAUCAUUCUUUGGGGAUGCUUUUCGCAAAGGGGACAGGACGACUGCACCGUAUUGAGGGGAGGAUGGAUGGGGCCAUGUAUCGCGAGAUCUUGGCCAACAACCUCCUUCCCUCAGUAAGAGCAUUGAAGAUGGGUCGUGGCUGGGUCUUCCAGCAUGACAACGACCCAAAACACACAGCCAGGGCAACUAAGGAGUGGCUCCGUAAGAAGCAUCUCAAGGUCCUGGAGUUGCCUAGCCAGUCUCCAGACCUGAACCCAAUAGAAAAUCUUUGGAGGGAGCUGAAAGUCCGUAUUGCCCAGCGACAGCCCCGAAACCUGAAGGGUCUGUAUGGAGGAGUGGGCCAAAAUCCCUGCUGCAGUGUGUGCAAACCUGGUCAAGACCUACAGGAAACGUAUGAUCUCUGUAAUUGCAAACAAAGGUUUCUGUACCAAAUAUUAAGUUCUGCUUUUCUGAUAUAUCAAAUACUUAUGUCAUGCAAUAAAACGCAAAUUAAUUACUUAAAAAUCAUACAAUGUGAUUUUAUGGAUUUUUGUUUUAGAUUCCGUCUCUCACAGUUGAAGUGUACCUAUGAUUAAAAAUUACAGACCUCUACAUGCUUUGUAAGUAGGAAAACCUGCAAAAUCGGCAGUGUAUCAAAUACUUGUUCUCCCCACUGUAUGCCAUGGGCUCUCCAACCCUGUUCCUGCAGCUACCCAGUGCUAAAUUUGUUUAAUUUUGGAGUAUAGGUUAGACCAAUUAUGUACCAAAGACAUCUUAAAUCAGUUUUAUGUUUUUCAGCCAUGCGUAAUAUGCUGUAGGCUAUGUAUUGUAUAAUGACACAAUCAUCAUUUUAAUUCAGGGUUUUUUUCAGGCUUGGGCUCAUAUGCAUAAACUCUAAUAUGCGUAUGCCCGCAGCAGCCCUAGGUAUAAGCUAGUUAAGUCCUGUUAUUCAUGUAUUUCAAUUUUUUUGUUGUUGUUACAUUUAAAUUAAAUGAUGUAACUGUAACUCUGUCGUUCUGCUGUUGUAGGUCCAAAUGACGAGGACGAGAGACUCUCCACAUCAACAGGGCCUUCCAAGGGGACUCGGGAGAGCUCCCCCAUGGGGAGUAACGGCCUCUCUCAAGCCCAGUUCAUCUCAGCAGCAAUGAGAGGGGAAGAGGAGGAGGGUGAUGAAGAGGAAGACCUAGGGGAUCUGCAGCAGCCGCCGUCGCUGACACUACAGCGUGCUCAGUCUGCUACUGAAGCUGAGCCGGAGGAGAAGAUUGAGCAGCCUGAUCUGCCACUAAGCCAUAGCAGCCCAGUUGAGGAGGGGCCUGGGAGCCUUCAGCAUGACACUGAGACUGCCUCAUCCCUAUCAAGGCCUGAACCAGAGGCAGACCCUGACCCCGACCCUGACCUGGAAGGUGACCCCCACGGAGAGGAGUCCCAUCCCUGCCAGCACUGCGAGCGCCAUUUCUCCACCAAACAGGGCCUAGAGCGCCACACACACAUCCAUGCCACUGCAAACCAGCAAACACACACAUUCAAAUGCCGCUACUGUGGCAAGUCCUUCGGCUCGCAGGUGGGGCGUCGGCGCCACGAGCGGAGGCAUGAGAACGGGCCAAAGAACAAAGGCCAAAGGCCUGGCUCACUAGCUGGGACUGCUACUUUACUCACUCCUCUGGGGCAGGCUGGUGGCCACUAUGUGGUCAGGGGCUCCCCUGUCCCUGGAGGACCUAUGCAGAGCCUUGAGGUUGUGAGGAAGGACCCUGCGGCUGAGAGUGACCGGCCCUUUAUCGUGGAUGAGAAUGGUGAGACAAAGGAGCUUCAUCCUUGCAAGUACUGUAAUAAGGCUUUCGGCACUCAUACCAACAUGCGCAGACACCAGCGCAGAAUCCACGAGCGCCACUUACUGCCCAAGGGUGUCCGCAGGAAAGGCAUGCUGCUGCAGGAAAGCCCAUCCCAGCAGCAGCAGCAUCAUCUGCCUGAACAGUCCCCUAGCGCCAGCCCACCCCUCGUCUAUGUGCCCAGUGCAGACACUGAGGAUGAGGGGGACCGAGAGGAGUACAUGGUCGACAUAUCCAAUAACAUCUCAGAGAAUCUCAGCCUGUACAUCGACGGCAAGAUCCUGUCCACUAGUUCAGUCAGCGGCUGUGAGGUGAUCGAAGUGGACUCCAGUUCUGCAGCACUGUUUGGUCUCGAUGCAGUGAUGAUCAGCCCCAAUCAGAUCAGUCAGGCUCUCAAAGUGGACACCAGGACAUGUGCUGUGAAGCAGGUCUCGAAUCUCAGCCAGCCCAUGACGAAAAGGAGAACGUCGACACCCCCGCUCAUGCCCAGUCUUAAAAUGGAGUCUGAAACUGGGUCCUCUUCCGCCUCCUCGUCUUCCUCAUCCGCCUUGUUGGUGGGAAGUGUCUUCCCUCAGUCCUCAGACUCAUUAGCAUUUCAAAAGGAGAAAACGGUUUAUCUGUCUCCUAAGCUCAAACAGCUCCUCCAGACCCAGACAGACAAUCAGAAACCCACCAUCACCCUGAUAGCAGAGAGGCACAGAUUAGCUCCCCCUCUCUCCGUUACAUUGCUGCCUGCAGCCUCAGGCAGGUUUAAGAGAAGAACAGCUUCCCCCUCCUCAUCUCCACAGUGCAGCCCUGCGCUGAAAGCAGACGGCUGUAAGAGCGAGGCGGGGGUCUCGUCGUACACCCUCAAAGUGCCAAAUCUGGAGAGCCUGGGCAUGUCCCCUGCCUGGAGUCUGUCCAGCAAGGAGGAGAGGGACACUGUGAGUCCCAGCGGGAAGGAUGGGUGCAGCUGGCCUGCCUCUCGGACCGGAGGGAACUCGUGUAAUCAGCAUCCCUUGGACCUGUCCAGCGGCAUCAGCAAGAGGAGUGACAGCUUCAGCAAGACGCCCGGGGAGGCAGUGCUGGAUUUAAGCAUGAGUCGGAAGAGUACAGCGGAGCCAGAGUCUAAGGGAAGUCCAUCUCCGGCACAGCCCCCCACCAAGAAGAAGAAGCCUAACACCAGCAUGCUAGAGAAAGUGUUGAUGAAUGAGUAUGCUGGCUUAAACCCAGCAGAAGAGGAGGGCUCUUCUCCCUUGGGAAGCCCAGAUUCUCAGUAUACUUCAGGCAGUGGUACAGGCACCGCUUCUCACAGUCCCUCUUCCAAUCUGCCCUCUGAAUCAGCCCAUCCCUCUCCCCCCUCUCUAACGCCUGUCACUAUGAAUCCCUCCUCCCCUUGCGGCUCCAGUCUGACCUCUCCAACGCCACCUCCCCCUGUCCUACCCACCAUGCCCUCACCAGACUGCCCUACGCUCAGCUCUCUCCCUGUCCUCUCCCCCAAAAUGUCCCCCAGAUCCAUCGACCAUGGUGAGGAUGAGCCAGUUUGCAUAUCGAACUCUACCACAGCAGAGACAAUGUUAGCUGCAGUAAGUAACAGUUAUAGAGAUGAGGAACAUAUCACUAAGCCAAUAGACUCCACCCACAAUACAGAUCCCCUUACCAGGGAAGCUAUAUCAAGCCCCUCUACAGAGCCCUCCUCUGUAUCUGAUGCUGUCGCUCUGAGUCAGUCCUCAACACAAUCGAAACCUGCAAGGAUUGGGAACCAAAGUUCGGUGGAUGUCCAAAUUAAUCAAGACCUGGAACUGAUUAUUACUGAGGGACAGGAGAAAUCCCAAUGCUCUGAACUCCCUGUUUUAUCAUCCGUAACAGAAUCCCUCCUCUCUGCCUCGUCGACCUCGCCUGCUGCCAUAUCAGAUAUCCCAGCUCCACCAGUGGUCUCCCCACCAUCACUCUCUAGCACUGUGAUUAAAGGGGAGCCCCAGCACAAUGAUCAGCUGGCUGACUUAGUCCUUUCUCCUAGUGGCACAGGGUCUUCACCUCUGUCUGCUGCUGCUGACUCGUCGUUGUCGGAAGAGGAGGAAGAGGGAUCGGAGCCAGAGCCCUUCAGUAAGACAUUUGUGUGUAAUGUGUGUGAGGACCCCUUCCGUUCCAUCAAAGAGCUCAGUCGGCACAUCCUAGAGCACGCCGCUGAGUGGCCCUACAAGUGUGAGUUCUGUGUGCAGCUGUUCGGGAACGCCCCGGCUCUGCUGGAGCACCGCACGGCCCUCCACGGCGUGGGACGCAUCUUUGUCUGCUCCGUCUGCUCUAAGGAGUUUGCCUUCCUCUGCAACCUCCAGCAGCACCAGAAGGACCUGCAUCCCAGCCAGCCGUGCACACACACAGCGGUGGAGAGCGGCAAGCCGAGGCCACAGAACUACACAGACCCAGCCAGGGCCAAAGAGGAGAGUAACCCGUCCUCAACCACAGCCAUAGGGCCUGAGUCCUCUGCUGAAGUUGCCUCCUCCCAGGGGGUCUCCGAUGUGAAGAAAGAGGAGCAGCCUGAUACUAAUGGGAAGCAUGAAGAGGAUGGACUGGAGGACCCAACUGAAGAGCUGUACACUACUAUAAAGAUCAUGGCCUCUGAGGGAGGCAAGCCUAAAGGCCCAGAUGUACGCCUGGGCAUUAAUCAACACUACCCCAGUUUCAAGCCACCCCCCUUCCCCUACCACAACCGCACGGCUGCAGGCUCGGUGGCCUCGGCCACCAACUUCACUACACACAACAUCCCCCAGACAUUCAGCACUGCCAUCCGCUGCACCAAGUGCGGCAAGAGCUUCGACAACAUGCCCGAGCUGCACAAGCACAUACUAGCCUGUGCCAACGCCAGUGAUAAGAGGCGGUACACUCCCAAGAAGAACCCCAUCCCUCUCAGACAGAUAGUGAAGCCUCAGAACGGAGCUCUGUCGCCUGCCUCUGCUGCCAACGCAGGGCACAACGCCUUCCGCAGAAUGGGCCAACCCAAGAGGCUCAACUUCAACCAAGAACCUCCUGGCAAAACCAAGAUGAGUUCCCUCGGUAAGAAGAAGAACCAGCUGGUCCAGAAGGCCGUAACUCAGAGGAAUGAGACUGCUGCUACUGCUAACAAGGCCCCUAGCCAGGUUAAAGAGGAGACGCCACAAGAGCAGGAGAUCCACGUAUGCCCUCACUGCAGCCGAGAGUUCACCUACCCUGCCAGCCUCAGUAAACAUAUAGCAGGCAGCUGCCCCAUGAAGCCUGUCUCUAAAAAGGCCAAAAAGGGAGCAGCAGCAGAGGCAACACCAGCUGUAGACAAAAACAUGAGCCUUCGAAGGAGAACCACAGACUCUGAGAUCCAGCAGCCAGAGCCGGUUCCCAAAACGCUUAGCAAAACCCGGGCUCGCAACUCUGGACCUGUCCCUGCGGAGGCUGAGGCCCCACCACCGGUGGGUAAAGGAAAGACGGCUGCCACACAGGUGUGCACCAAGAGGCCAGCCUCUUUCCCAGCUGCCACAGUUUCUCUCAGCAAGAAAAGUAAAAAAGGCAAAGUUCAAUCCUUACCCCCCACCCCGUUGCCCUCCGAGACUCCCAGUGACUCUGCACUGCGGCCAGCAGCUCAGACAAAGCAACGCAUGGGCAAGGAAGUGCAACCCAAGAAGGGAGCAGAGGUGAAAUCACCCCCACAGCAGCAGUCUCAGGUGCCGCCUAAGAAAGAAGGGGAACGGUUCUCUCUGCGAGCGAGGGAGAGAGCUGUUGGGCCGGUGACCCGGAGCCUACAGAUGGCCAACACUGCAGCUCCUGUGGAGGUGAAAACAGAGGACCUCUCCAGCCAGGAGGCUAAAGAGACCCAGGUAAUGUUACUUUCAAACAGUGUCCAGUCUCAGCCCAUGUAGAAUUAUUACCUAAUUCAUUCAUACUUUCAACACAACGUGGUUCUAUUAAUCAGGUUCUGUGUUGCACUUCAAGGUAGAGAAGACGUAUGUAUAACUGUAGUUGAUACUUGUUGAUAUCUUGAUUUGUUGUCUCGUGUCUUCCAGGAGUACUUGCUGAAAUGAACCAGGUAGGGCAAUGUGGAUUCUGAGGAUUAAGAAGUCCCUGGCUAGGAGGAUGACUCUGUGCUGGCUCACCUCUGAGGAGAAACUCUGGCCUUCCCAACACUCUGACAAACAGACAGGCAGAGAGACGGACAGACAGGAGGAUCUGGAGGUGGGCUGGCUCAGUUAAAGGACAACGUGAACUCUGCUCCCAUCACAUCACAUCACACGCUGUGUUGGCUGAACAGAGGGAGGGGCACCUGUCUCUACAUCACUCUCUGUGAAAUGAGCCUGAGACAAAAAAGUAACGAUUAACAGACUGUUAAUGACAAUGAAUAAAUAUAAUAUAUAUAUAAAUAUAUAUUGUAAGUCAUAACUUGACUCGUAACAUUGAUAUUGGGGUUCCGUAACGGUUAAAAGCUGAUAUUGCAAAUGGCAAUCAUUUAUAUCCGUUCACAAAACUGGUCUGGUGUUUCUUUCCCUCCGUUUUCAUGUUUCCCUUGUUUGGUCGUUGAGAUGUCGGAGGAUUCAACAGUCUCUUAAUGCAUGUGCUGAAUCCAGUAUAACUAGAAAGAGCCCUUGUCCCUCGUCUGUGUGUCCCAUGUUAAGUCCUGCACCUACUUUAAUGUAAAUUAAUAUGUAAUGUUCCGUUGAGAAUACAUUGUAGAAUAUCUCUUUUAAGCAGAUUUUUUAAUUUUUGUUUGGGAAGCCAAGAUAAAACGGAACUGUUUUCAACUGUAGAAAUAGGUUGUCAGAAACGGCGUGUCCCAAGAGUGUGUGUAUAUGUGUUCAAAUGUGCGUAUGGGUAGGCUUGUACCGUAUGUGUGGGCUGACAACCAUUUGCCCCUUGAUCUCAAAGUUUGAGAUGUCUGUUUUCUCUCUGGCAUGUUUUCCUUAUUUUGCUUAUCAGAGGUGUACCAGUAGGGCACCCUGCCACAACUAGAACAAUGCAUCCGUACACCUCUGACAGUUAGUUCCCUGAGAAGGGAUGGGGAAGAAACACUGCCACUUAUCCAGUUUAUUGACAUUGUGGAUUUCUCAGAGGCUCACAUUUUGAUGUCAUACAUAGUUAUAAGUAGUCCCGUCUUGUCUGAAAGCACUUUAAAAAGAACAUCUGCCAAACUGUUUUGAUUUGAUCGGUAUGAAUCCUUAAAUUAUGUGGGUUUAAAUGUGAAGAAUGGGAUGUUGACAUUUCUAUUGCAUAUGACUGAAACUGGGUUGCCUCAGAAAGUCUUUGAAAUGUAGUCAUUGGAAUAUUGCCCUCAUUUAAGACUCCCUAUAGAUUAGCAUGUUUGUAUUGUUCCCAAGACUUGAUUUCAUCUGUAUGAUGUAAUCAAAUGCAUUAAUCUGAAAUAUGUAGCAGCGAUAAUCAUGAGUGGAGGAUUGCCAAAAUGUUCCACCAUGAUGAUGUUCGGAAAUAUUAGAAAAGGUUUGAAAAUUGUCCUGGCUGUAGAUGUGGAGAGCAGUAGCCACCCAGUAAUAAGGAUGGCAUUGAAAAGUUGCUUCAGUUCUAAUGUUCCUUGCAGCGGUUAACAUGCCACAGUAAGGUAAUUGGAUUGCUGGUUAUUUCUGUACCUAAAGUCAAGGGUGGCUGGGAGGUAGUGUAUCUUCUUUAAUGGGAUCUACAUGUAGGCCUGUUACAUGUUAUAACAUACUUUGACAAAGUAUUGUACUUUGAUUAUGAUUAGUCUCUAUCUACCCCAUGAUCUGCUAUGUAGAGGGAUUCUCCCAUCUCUCCCUGUUUACAAUGUUCACUCCACUGUUGCUCCUUCUGGACCAUCUGCCUUUUACAGCUGAGGUAGAAGAGUGGGAUACGACUCAAGUGCUUGUAGCAUGUUUGAAAAAAACUGUAAUUGAACUAUAUAUAUUAGAAAGCUAAUUUAUCAUAUUUCCGUUGCCUUCCUGCAUCGGUAUUCCUGAUAAUUCUCUUCGGAGUGAAAUUAAUGGAGAAUCUUCUAAUAUAUGUUUGAGGAUGAAUGAACAAAGACAUAUCCCUGUUGACAUCAUUAUGUAAAACAUAUUGUUCUAAUUGAUAUAUUAAAGCCUUUUUCAAUUUGGCGUCUGUGUGCUGCCAUGUAUGAUUUAAUAUGUUUUGGUUAUGUCCUUUUUAACUUUAGUCAUCGUACUUUCGGGCAUCUGUUUGAGCCAGUUGAGGCACAGAUUUGCUAAUCUUGAUCAUAAGGUGGUGAGUAUUUGGGCCUAUUUGGGAUGCAUAGUGAUAUGUCGAUCAGUAAUUAUGCAGUCUGACUGCAAUGCAGUCUAUUUCAGACACACUGAUACACUACUUAUAUAUACAGUGCAUUCGGAAAGUAUUCAGACCCCUUGACCUUUACAUUUUGUUACGUUACAGCCUUAUUCAGUUGUUUUCCUCAUCAAUCUACAGUCGUGGUCAAAAGUUAUGAGAAUGACACAAAUACUAAUUUUCACAAAGUCUGCUGCCUCAGUUUUGAUAAUGGCAAUUUGCAUAUACUCCAGAAUGUAAUGAAGAGUGAUCAGAUGAAUUGCAAUUAAUUGCAAAGUCCCUCUUUGCCAUGAAAAUGAACUUAAUCCCCCAAAAACAUUUCCACUGCAUUUCAGCCCUGCCACAAAAGGACCAGCUGCCAUCAUGUCAGUGAUUCUCUCGUUAACACAGGUGAGAGUGUUGACGAGGACAAGGCUGGAGAUCACUCUGUCAUGCUGAUUGAGUUAGAAUAACAGACUGGAAGCUUUAAAAGGAGGGUGGUGCUUGAAAUCAUUGUUCUUCCUCUGUUAACCAUGGUUACCUGCAAGGAAACACGUGCCGUCAUCAUUGCUUUGCACAAAAAGUGCUUCACAGGCAAGGAUGUUGCUGCUAGUAAGAUUGCACCUAAAUCAACCAUUUAUCGGAUCAUCAAGAACUUCAAGGAGCGAGGUUCAAUUGUUGUGAAGAAGGCAACAGGGCACCCAAGAAAGUCCAGCAAGCGCCAGGACCGUCUCCUAAAGUUGAUUCAGCUGCGGGAUCGGGACACCACCAGUGCAGAGCUUGCUCAGGAAUGGCAGCAGGCAGGUGUGAGUGCAUCUACACGCACAGUGAGACGAAGACUUUUGGAGGAUGGCCUGGUGUCAAGAAGGGCAGCAAGGAAGCUACUUCUCUCCAGGAAAAAACAUCAGGGACAGACUGAUAUUCUGCAAAAGGUACAGGGAUUUGACUGCUGAGGACUGGGGUAAAGUCAUUUUCUCUGAUGAAUCCCCUUUCCGAUUGUUUGGGGCAUCCGGAAAACACCUUGUCCGGAGAAGACAAGGUGAGCGCUACCAUCAGUCCUGUGUCAUGCCAACAGUAAAGCAUCCUGAGACCAUUCAUGUGUGGGGUUGCUUCUCAGCCAAGGGAGUGGGCUCACUCACAUUUUUGCCUAAGAACACAGCCAUGAAUAAAAAAUGGUACCAACACAUCCUCCGAGAGCAACUUCUCUCAAUCAUCCAAGAACAGUUUGGUGACGAACAACGCCUUCUCCAGCAUGAUGGAGCACCUUGCCAUAAGGCAAAAGUGAUAACUAAGUGGCUCGGGGAACAAAACAUCGACAUUUUGGGUCCAUGGCCAGGAAACUCCCCAGACCUUAAUCCCAUUGAGAACUUGUGGUCAAUCCUCAAGAGGCGGGUGGACAAACAAAAACCCACAAAUUCUGACAAACUCCAAGCAUUGAUUAUGCAAGAAUGGGCUGCCAUCAGUCAGGAUGUGGCCCAGAAGUUAAUUGACAGCAUGCCAGGGCGGAUUGCAGAGGUCUUGAAAAAGAAGGGUCAACACUGCAAAUAUUGACUCUUUGCAUAAACUUAAUGUAAUUGUCAAUAAAAGCCUUUGACACUUAUGGAAUGCUUGUAAUUAUACUUCAGUAUACCUUAGUAACAUCUGACAAAAAUAUCUAAAAACACUGAAGCAGCAAACUUUGUGAAGACCAAUACUUGUGUCAUUCUCAAAACUUUUGACCACGACUGUACACACAAUACCCCAUAAUGACAAAGCAAAAACAGGUUUUUAGACAUUUUUGGCAAAUUAAAAUAAACUGAAAUAUCACAUUUACAUAGGUAUUCAGACCCUUUACUCAGUACCUUGUUGAAGCACCUUUGGCAGCGAUUACAGCCAUAAGUGUUCUUGGGUAUGACGCUACAAGCUUGGCACACCUGUUUUUGGGGAGUUUCUCCCAUUCCUCUCAAGCUCUGUCAGGUUGGAUGGGGAGCGUUGCUGCACAGCUAUUCUCAGGUCUCGCCAGAGAUGUUCGAUCGGGUUCAAGUCCGGGCUCUGGCUGGGCCACUCAAGGACAUUCAGAGACUUGUCCCGAAGCCACUCCUGCUGUGUGCUUAGGGUCGUUAUCCUGUUGGAAGGUGAACGUUCGCCCCCAGUCUGAGAUCCUGAGUACUCUGGAGCAGGUUUUCAUCAAGGAUCUCUCUGUACUUUGCGCCGUUCAUCUUUCCCUUGAUCGUAACUAGUCUCCCAGACCCUGCUGCUGAAAAACAUCCCCACAGCAUGAUACUGCCACCACCAUGCUUCACCGUAGGGAUGGUGCCAGGUUUCCUCCAGACGUGACGCUUGGAAUUUAGGGCAAAGAGUUCAAUCUUGGUUUCAUCAGACCAGAGAAUCUUGUUUUUCAUGGUCUGAGAGUCCUUUAGGUGCCUUUUGGCAAACUCCAAGCGGGCUGUCAUGUGCCUUUUACUGAAGAGUGGCUUCCGUCUGGCCACUCUACCAUAAAGGCCUGAUUGGUAGAUUGCUGCAGAGAUGGUUGUCCUUCUGGAAGGUUAUCCCAUCUCCACAGAGGAACUCUGGAGCUCUAUCAGAGUGACCAUCAGGUUCUUGGUCACCUCCCUGACCAAGGCCCUUCUCCCCAGAUUGCUCAGUUUGGCUUUGCGGCCAGCUCUAGGAAGAGUCUUGGUGGUUCCAAACUUCUUUCAUUUAAGAAUGAUGGAGGCCACCGUGUUCUUGGGGACCUUCAAUGCUGCAUAAAUGUUUUGGUGCCCUCCCCCUCCCCAGACCUGAGCCUCGACACAAUCCUGUCUUGGAGCUCUACGGACAAUUCCUUCGACCUCAUGGCUUGGUUUUUACUCUGUGUGCCUUUCCAAAUCAUGUCCAAUCAAUUGAAUUUACCACAGGUGGACUCCAAUCAAAUUGUAGAAACAUCUCAAGGAUGCACCUGAGCUCAAUUUCGAGUCUCAUAGCAAAGGGUCUGAAUACCUAUGUAAAUAAGGUAUUUCAGUUUUUUUAUUUUUUAUAAAUUAGCAAAAAUGUCUAAAAACAUGUUUUCGCUUUAUGUCAUUAUGGGGUAUUGUGUGUAGAUUGAUGAGGGGAAAUGUUUUAUUUAAUCAAUUUUAGAAUAAGGCUGUAACGUAACAAAAUGUGGAAAAAGGGAAGGCGUCUGAAUACUUUCUGAAUGCACUGUAUAUAGGUAAGACUACAGUAUGACAAGCGGAUUGAUGACACUACUUCAGUAAGAUGGGAGAGCGGUCAUCCCAAGGAGAAUGUGCCAUUAGAACGUCUCUGACUUUGAUGGUCUUUCAUCUGAUCUAAAUACAUUACGUGCAAUAUGACAAGCAGGUGGGCCAAUCCUUUAUCCUGCCUUAUCUUCUCGUCAUGCCGAAGAAUAUAUAUUAAUUUCUUCAUUAAAGAACAAAAGUUGUUUGAAGCAUGAUCAGCCCCCUCUAGAUGAACUAUCUUGCUGUAAUGCUUAAGCUGUAGUCUAUCAUUAUUAUUUGUUUGCUGUAGAGCCAGAAUAUUACCUGAGGCAUUGCUGCUGGAAUCGGGAUGUGCUCAGAAUGCCAAAAGCUCUGUUUAUUUAUUCCCUAGUCUACCCUUGACAGAGUACAUAAUGUAAUAUUCUGGGUGCCCAAUGAAGCUAGGCUUAUCUUGGCAUUGACAAGUUGCGCCCAACUGAAAGGCUCUCUUUAAAAAAAAAAAGUUUAGAUAGAUACAGUAAUCAAGGUGUAUCAAAAGUUCUAUUACUUUUCCCUAAGUAUAUAUAGACUGUCAGAGAACCAUGGCAGGCUUCCUGGUUCCUGUGAUUUGAGUCUAUUUUGAGAGCAGCACACUUGUCAGUAAGUUUGACAUGUGAGUCAUCUCAUGCGUACAGCCCUCGCCUCGUUCCUCUGCUUGGGUGAUACCUUGUGCAAGUCCUGUUCUGUGACAGGCAAUAGAGCCUUUACACUUUCCAGUCAGCCUCAUGAACAACAAUGGCCUGUGUGCAAAUUAGUCCUGAGUCACCUAUCAGUAUGCAAACUGCUGAAGAGUCACUGUGAAUGUUCUACUUGAAAGUUAUGAGCACUGCAUACAAAUUGCAUCAGAUGUAUUCUGACAGUGGAAUCGCUAUCUUUGUUCCAGGAGCUGUAUUGUUCCAGUGCAGCUUGACCAGGAAAUGACCUCAUCAGAAAAUCAAGGUGAUGGCCAGGACAGUGACCUUGAGACAUCUGAGACUGGUGCUAUAACAGCAACACAACAGUUAGACAUCAAUAUGAACAGAGGUCAGAGAGUUAAUAAUAGAUUUCAGUACUACAGUAAAAGCUUUAAAGUAAAAUAUAAAUGUUUACCAUCUGCCAUUAAAUUACACUAUAUUUACAAAAUGUCCUCCAAAUACCAAUUGUGCUUUGCUGUAUGUAUUUUUCAUAUUUCAAAUGCGAAUUGUGAGCUUUGUUUUCAGGUUUUUACAGCAUGCAGUCUAAACUUCACCAGUGAUGGAGUGCAUUCAUCUGACAUGAACCCUGAAUACAUUUAUUUAGAGGUGUAAACUUUGGUGCUGAUGUUGGACAUGGCGGCGAUUCUCUAACCACUUCAUCAAUCCUGCCUGUCUUUUCCAUUAUUGCUGCUGUCAGUCAUCAGAGAGACUACACUCGCUGUAGUCCACAGGGCUUAUAUAUUAUGCCACUAUGUGAGUUUCUACUACACCCUCCCUCUGUUUGAUUUAAAUAAGGAUAGCAAUAUUAUUGGUACCAUAUUGUUCUUGGAGAACAUUCUAUUCAGUCUUUCACUGUCUUUUUAGAUCUGUAUCAUACCAUGGACAAAGUCUCAUUCACAGUGAAAUACAACACCUGUCUUGUACUGGCAAAUAAAGCAGGGUAGCUUACUGGAUGGAAUGCUGUUGCAUCUCCAUCACAUUGAUGCUGCGUUGCCAUGAAUACGCUUAGAGUCAGAUUCUGGCCUGUGCUGAAAUUCAUUUUGUCCAAGGCCCAUCUGUCACACUCUCUCACACGCAUUAAUGGGCUAGGAUUUGAUUAGAUUUUUGAUUGAUCAAGCCCACUCACUAGACGAGCUGCAACAGCAGCAUUAAACCGUACUAGUCACAGGAGACUUGGAAUGUCUUUAGGAGAAGAACUCCUCUAAUGAAUGUUUCACUAGAUAGGUGUGUGGAGCUAUAAGGUCUAUAGAUGAAUGAGGAAUUGAAUGUAAUGUGUGAAUUUGAUUUGAGAGGGUCUUUAUUCAGUGGGAUGGUGCGACGUGUUUAUCUUCCCCCUGGUGCCAUGGUGGUUUGGUUUAUGGUUCCCCUGUGGGUCGGUGUUGUUGUUUAUGGGUGCUCUGCAGCGUGUGUGUGUGGAGAGGAGCGCUGCGCCAUGCCCCAGCUGUCAGAAUGAAAUAUCACUGCACUCCUGAUUGCUGUGUACAGGGCCUCAGCCGGAUUCAUAAAAAUGCAAUCCCAUGCAGCUCUGUACCAGGCUUGCAGGAAGCACUAAAUAAACUAUGAUACAGAGGAAAGCAGGCAGAUUUAGAAAGUACUAAUGCUGCAGAUAUAAAGUACCACGCAAAUUCAGCAUAACCAGAUGUACAUAACACCAUAAGACCACAGUAUUCAUCGUUGGUGAAUUUAGACAGGAACCUAUCCUGUUUCUAAAGGGGUGCAAUUUCUGCGGUGUUGUAAGCCCCAUUGCUCUGUAACCUCCAUUGUUCCAAACACUCAGCUGCUCUUAAACCCUGAGGAGCAUGGUAGUCAGUCGUCUCUAUAGAACGUGUCAGCGAGCUCUGUGGGAGGGGCAUGACUGCUGCUGCUCACACAUCACAGCACACAGCCUUCUGUGUCCUAAAAAAGCCUUCCCAGUCCUGAAUUCCUGUUCAAAGAGAAUGGCAUUAAAGCCAACGAAGUUCGAGAGGGGAUGAAUAAUGAAUUCCAACGGGCAUCACUCUGAGUUAGGCAGAGAUUUCAGUGAGGAGCCAUCUUCUCUGUGUCUGUUGUCAUUGCUCAUGUCAUGCAACAGCUGAGCCUGUACCAGAGACUCAGUUUAUAUCUGGCCCUAUACGAUCUAUUUGCCUCUGUUCGUCUGCAUGAGUGUUUGUGAGAUAAGGGUACUUUUCAGUUACCUACACUUGUGUGUAUGAGGUUAACUGUUCACCUACUUGAAUGUCUUAGAUUGGCUGAAUAUUCACCUGCAGACAGUAAUGUGUAUGCCUAUUGGCUAAUUAUUUACAUGACAAGCUAACGUUUAUGGCCAGAUCUUUUUUUAACCUUUAGCCAGCCAGUCGAGAGCUGAUCUCCCACUGUUGGAGUGUCCUGUUCUAACGUUUCCUUUUUUAAAACAUUUAAAAAAGGAGGAUGUGAGUUCUAUGGCCAGGUCCCCUCUGUGUACACUGUUAACAGCACAGCAGUGUGAGAGAGGUCUCAGUGACAAUGGGCUUCCUAGGAACGUUUUGCUAACAGGGAAAUAGCCUAUUAAUCGGAGGAGAUGGCUGACAUCCUGCAGAAGGUUCAGGACCUGAACAGAACAGAGAAAGAGAGGUGGACUCACUGAGAGCAAUAUGGGUUCUGUGCCAUAAUUGUAUAGGAAUAAUAGUGUCAUCAUUUGUCUGAGGGUGGAGGUUUCCAUGCCAACACCUACAUAAAUAAUGGGCACUGUACGCUUCAAGGUGCCUCAGGAUCUGAGGUAAUAUUCUCUCAAUUGAAUUGGAUAUUCCCUUCAUUUCAACAGGUGGACAUUUAUGUGUUUUCAGAUGGGUAUAAUCAUUGGCACUCAUCUCAUUAAGUGCAAUUUGUCAAAUGCAACAGCAGAGCAGUUUGUUUACACACUACAUGUAACAUAGUGUAAUACAGGGCCUCCUGUAGCUCAGUUGGUAGAGCAUGGCGCUUGCAACGCCAGGGUUGUGGGUUCGAUUCCCAUGCGAGGCCAGUAUGAAAAAUGUAUGCACUCACUAACUGUAAGUCGCUCUGGAGAAGAGCGUCUGCUAAAUGACUAAAAUGUAAUACAUUUAGAAUGGUUUCAAGUAAGCUACUUGCUCGUUUUCAGUUUGUUUUCGGUUGAGUUUUUUGAAGGUGAAGCCUUAGGUGACAAAUAUAGAAUUCAUACUUGUAUGCAACCUCUUUCUCCCUCAUCCCUUUUUCCAGCACCAGGGAGAAAUGAAGAGCUAA